AUGUGCCCUCCAAAAAAGCUCACAGCGCCACCAAAAAAGGCACAACAAGCGCAAAAAGCCAGUAAACUAUCCAAAGGCAAAAAUUCGAAAUCGAAAAACCCAGAACCAGAAGAGCAACCAGAAGUUGUAGAAGAAGAAAAGCCAGUUGUUGAAGAACCACCAAAGAAAACAACAUGGCUCGAUACAUUAAAGUAUACUCCACCGCCUGAUCAAGAAUUGCACAUAAAACUUUCAAAAGAAAGACAAGCAAAAACAAAACUCAAACAUGAACAGAUUUGUAUGAAAGAACUACAAGGAAUAUUAAAUUAUUCGUUAGCAGUUAGUCAGCAAACUACAGAUUUUAAAGAAAACAACGGUUUUAAUGAAAAAUUACUUCAAAGAAAAUUACGCCAUUUAAGAGAAGAUUAUCAGAAAGGAGAAUAUCUUCCACCAGAAGUGCAAAUAGAAACAUCGCGUAGUACAGUUGUCCGUAGAGAAUUCAAAGCAACGAUUUUGAAAUCACCAGAUAUUUCUUGCCUUUUACAGACAGAACCUGUUGAUGUUUACAAAUCAUUAAUCAAUCUAAUGAAGGCUACAUCAUCAAAUGAGUUCACUUACGAUGCAAAUCCAGAGAUGGAUUCGUUAUUAAGUCAAUUAUCAAAAAUGGGCAAAGCUUUUUCAGAUCCAGACAAACUACCAGAUCAUGUUGAUCUUCCUUUUAUUAUUUGUGUUACAGGACCUCCAUGUUCCGGUAAAACAACAAUAUCACAAUUCAUUCAUAAAUUUUUCAAAGUUACACAGAUAAAUGCCUUAAAUUCAGAUAGUGUACCUGAUUCUGGUGAUCCACAUGUUAUCAAUGUCUCUUCUAAUGAUGAAAAAGGCAUUUUAAACGCCAUUCAAAAUGUUUUAGAUAAUUCAAACGAUGGAAUUUUAAUUGCCAACUAUCCAACGACCAAAAACCAACUUUCUGGUCUUGAAAAGUUCUUUGCUGGUUAUUCCAAGAAAUCAAGUAAGAACGCAAACUUAAAUAUCAUCUUCAGAACGUCAAUGACAGAAGAAGAAGCUCAAGAAGCCAUAAAAGAAAGAAAACUUGAUACAAACAGCGGAUUUGUCUAUAACACAACAUUCAAUCCACCAAAUGCAAUUGAUAUUGCACAAGGAGCUGUUUUAGAAGAUUAUCCAGGCGAUUUAAGUAACUACCAGAAACUUUUACAAUCAACAUCUAAUAUGGAUAAUGCAACAAAGAAAGGAGCGAUUGUAAUACAAAUAGGAAAGUUAGAUACAGUUGAUAAACUUUAUUUACAGAUAGAGAAUGCAUUGAGACAAUGUUUUGAUCAGAAUAAUGUUCAACCAACAUUUACAACUUUCGUUGGAUUAAGAGAUAGAGAACAACUUGAAUUUGCAAAGCAAUGCUUUAAUAUUUUCAAUUUAUGGAAUUCUGUUUGUGUUACAAUGUUUGCACAAGGAUUGAGCGAGAUGUUCCAAAGAUCUAAGUUAAUUAAAGAACAAACAAAAUACUUGGCAAACGCUGCUUUGGAGAAAUACGCAAUGAUUUUGUCUCAAAAAGAUUUUAGACCUGAAAUUUCUGUCUCUUUGAGAGGAAAUUCUGGUUAUUUUGAUGCGAUUUGGAACGAAACAAUUAAAGAAAGAGAUGAAAGAAUCAAAGAUAUCAAAACAGUCUUAAGAAGAAGUGGAUUGGAAGACUUAAAAACGAUGUUAGAUAAUGAUAGUAAUUUAAUUUACGAAUCAAUUUUGAACAGAUUAUAUAUAACUUCAUGGUUCUCUAGAGAGUUCGGAGAAGUUGUUUCUGGUAAGAAAGUAGAGAAUAUCGAUAAACCGACAUUGCCAAUGUUCGAUAACACUGAUGAUUUCGAAGAAAUUGCAAAUAAUUUCAAUUUGGAAAACUUUUCUUCAUCAAAGGAAUCGAAGAUGGAUAAAUUUGUUGAUUUCUUAGUUUAUUACAAAGAUAACGCGAAAUCAAAUAUAGAGCGUGAUGACGCUGUUCUAGGAAAUAAGAUGUUUUCUUAUUUAAUUGAAGCGAAAGAGAAAAUUGAUAGUGAAAUCAAUAAAGAACUCGAAAACAUGGAAACAACAAUGAAAAGCUGGGCAAAUAAAAGAUAUAGAAAUGAAAUGGAGUCUUUUGCUGAGAAAUAUAGUCAUUGUGAUGAAUUACCAGCUGGACAACCUUUGUUCACUUUUGAUAAAACAUUUGCUGAUGGAGAUGUUUUGAAGUUAAUUGAAAGACUUGGAUACAGAUUCUCUCCAAAACUCCCGUUACCAAUAGAAGAAGAAAAGAUCUUGAAUAUGGUGAAUGCUGUGAAAGGAACAAAUGUUUCUUGUGUUACAAAGUUUCUUGAAGCUGCUGAUAAAGCUAAUUUCACAAAUGAAGAGAAAGAUUACUUGGAAUGCUUCAUUAGAUGGUCAACUAUUCCUGAAUUUAUAGAUGUAAAUUCCUUCUGCAUGGCUUUCGUCCCUGAUUCUGAAACAUCAGAUAAAGUUUCAAUUUUGUUAUUUAAAAAAUAA